ACAAGUAUCUCCUAUUGUCAUGACAGAUUCUCCUGGUAUUUCACACAAUGUUCAAAAGGGACAAGUCCCUUGUUUCAGAAUCCAAGAGAGAAUUAUUUUCCCAAGGAGCUACACGAUCCGUACCAAGGAAUGAUAUGAAAAAUUUUCACUCUAUGUCGCAGUUUGUACUUUCAGCAGGCCCUCUAAAAUCAACUCCAACAGUUAAACUUUCAAAAACUACUCACUUUGAGAUUGAAAUAUUUGAUGCUCAAACAGGAAAGCUGAUAUGUGUUGUGGAUAAGGUGAUGCAAACAUUUACUAUUCAUGAUGUUAAACAAAAAUUUCACCAAGCAUGUCCAAAGUGGUAUCCUUCCCGAGUUGGCCUGCAACUAGAAUAUGGUGGGGCUUUUUUGAAGGACUACAUAACCAUCCAAAGUGUUGCAGCCUCUUCCAUUGUCACACUGUAUUUUACAGACCUAGGUCCACAGGUCAAAUGGACUACAGUAUUUUUGACUGAGUACACUGGACCACUGCUAAUAUAUCUCAUCUUUUAUUUGAGGACUCCAUAUAUAUAUGACAUCAAAGAAAGCUCUAGAAGAUUACGCCACCCGGUAGUACACUUGGCCUGCUUUUGCCAUUGUAUACACUACAUUAGAUAUAUUUUGGAAACCUUAUUUGUCCACAAAGUCUCUGCAGGACAUUCACCUUUGAAAAAUUUGAUAAAGGGUUGUGCCUUUUAUUGGGGAUUUACUACUUGGAUUGCCUACUACAUUAAUCAUCCACAGUAUACACCACCAUCAUUUGGAAACAGACAAAUUACAGUGUCUGCUAUAAAUUUUCUGGUUUGUGAAGCUGGAAAUCAUUUCAUCAAUGUGGUGCUGUCUCAUUCUAAACACACUGGAAAUAAUGCCUGCUUUCCAAGUCCAAAUUACAACCCCUUCACAUGGAUUUUAGUUCUGGUUUCAUGUCCUAACUAUACCUAUGAGAUUGGAUCUUGGAUUAGUUUCACAGUCAUGACACAGACACUGCCAGCUGGGGUUUUUACACUGCUGAUAAGUAUCCAGAUGUCUUUGUGGGCAAAAAAGAAGCAUAAGAUUUAUCUGAAGAAGUGCAAUUCGUAUAUGUUUUGGAAAUCAGCAAUAAUUCCAUUUAUAUUGUAAAAAAAUAUGUUGUAUUAUCUCAGAUAUAAAACAAUAAAAUCAUUAAAAAAUUUAAUCAAGAAUAUUUGACCAUAUUCAGAAAUGGAUAACAGGAAUUUUACUGAACAAAAAUAUAAAAUAUUUCACAAAAUGUUGAAAUUAUACCUAAGACUAAAGAUAAAUAAAAAUUUUGAACAUAUUUUCAAGGCAUUAUUUUUAAAAAUAUUUUAGUUUAUUAAGUAUUUCUUAAUAGAGCUUGCAUAGGAUAAUAAAAAUAUCAACUCUAAUUUUAAGCUUGUUAAAGAUGCUUAAUUUUACACAUUUUCAUAGUAAAUUAGUUUCUCAUUGUUCAGCUAAUUAUUAAAAAGUAUCAAAUACUUUAUGUUGGUUCAACUCUUUGCACAAAUCAUACCUAUUUUAGAAGGCCAGAGUCAAAGCACAAAAGGUAGAACAUUUGCUUUGCGUAUAAUAGACUCUGAUCCUCAGCCUCCCAUACACUCCCAGAGUAGCAUAUAGAGUAAUUCCUGAUUGUAGAGCCAGGAGUAAUCCUAAAGCAUCAUCAGGUGUGGUCCCCAAACCGAAUAAAUAGAUAAAAUAAAUUUAAAUGCUUUUAAGUCUGUAUCUCCUUUACUCAUAAUAUAAGUCAUGCUACUCUCCUAAAAUUUAGCAAGAUAUCAUCAGAUAUUUACUGUUUUCAUAGUAUAGAAAUGUUAAUUUAUAAUAAUUAUGUACAAAUGUAUAAAACAGCCAUAUUUCAAAUAUGAUAUAAAAGUAGAAUAUGUUGAUUUUUUUGUGAUUGAGUGAAGUUUUUUUUAUUUUUGCUUUCACUAUCUUUUCUCUUAAUGACAGUCUACAUUGAUUUGUGUGUCAUAUAAUCUGCUUAUAUCUUUGACAAUAUGACUUAUGUUAAAAAAAAAUCAAAAUACUUGGCAUUUCAAAUGUUUUUGUCACUGUCACUGUCCUCCCGUUGUUCAUCAAUUUGCUCAAGCGGGCCCAGUAACAUCUCCAUUGGAGACUUUGUUGUUACUGUGUUUGGCAUAUCGAAUACAUCACGGGUAGCUUGCCAGGCUCUGUCAUGCGGGCGAGAUACUCUCAGUAGCUUGCAGGGCUCUCCGAGAGGGGCGGAGGAAUCGAACUUGGGUCGGUCAUGUUGGCUGCAUGCAAGGAAGACGCCCUACCACUGUGCUAUCGCUCUAGCCCCAAAUGUUUUUAAAAAUUUUAAUUGUAUGUCAAUUUUAAAAGAUAUUUUAGAUAUAGGUUUACUCUUAAUGAAAUACACUGAAAGAUAUAUAUAUAUAUAUGUAUAUAUAUAUAUAUAUAUUUGGCUGCAGUACAUACACACACCUCCAUUAUACACACAUUAUAAACAUAUCCUUAGUAAAAGUAGUUCUGGUA